GAGAGUCGGGCUUUGCAAGCCGACGUGGUGUCCUUCAACACAGUGAUCUCUGGAUUGGACCGAGCCAGCUGUUGGCAGCUGGCCAUCCAGCUCUUUGAAGGUCUGGACGAUCGAAGCUUGCAGAAAGAUCUGAUAUCCUUCAAUGCCACCCUAGCUGCCUGCGCGCGAGCCGCAG